AUGAAAACGAUGAGUAAUAGGAUAUCUCCUCCGCUUGAUGUAUGUCCAGUAAGUAGCGAGUCCUCAACAUCACCAGUUAGAAUUCCUCGGAAAAGUGCUGGUGCUGCUCACGCAGACAAAAAAGCAAAAAAGAAAGUUCCAAGCCGCAUUACAAUAUGGAUGGUUUUACAAGCGACCCUUUCUAUGAAACACGUAAGUGUAAUGUUUGUUGCUUGGGUUUUUUUUUUGUUUUCUGGGCGAAAGGCUCAUAUAACGCUUUGA